AUGGGCACGGCAGAGAAGCGCGGCGCGCCAGCGUCCGUGUCCGAGACGUCGGACGGGCGUGAAGUGAAAGCCGCACGUACCGAGUCCGAGGCAGAGGAUCCAUCUACGACACGACUCGCCAAACGCAAAGUCGCCAUCUUCUUUGGCUACUGUGGAUCCGACUACUCUGGUCUGCAAGUGAACCCUGGCGUGAAAACGAUCGAAGGCGAUAUCUUCGAUGCGUUCUGUCGCGCUGGUGCUGUGUCCAAAGACAACGCCGUGAACCCCAACAAGGUGCAGCUCCAGCGUGCAGCCCGUACAGACCGUGGCGUGCAUGCGGCAGGCAACCUGCUGACGCUCAAACUGAUCCUUGAACCCCCGAACUUGCCAGAGGGCCAGACCCUCGGCCAAUAUGUCAAUACGCUCCUUCCUGAACAGAUUCGUAUUUGGGGUAUGCGUCGCGUGCAAAGUGCCUUUAAUGCACGUACAAGCUGCGACUCGCGUUUGUACGAGUACCUUUUGCCUACGUACGUGUUUAUUCCGCCCAAGCCAUUUAGCUCGAUGUGGAAGAUGCUUCGUCGCUUGAACACAGGGGAAGCCGAAACGCCGACCAACGAAGAUGGGACGCCCGUACUGCCUUGGGACGAUGCACAGAUCAAGGAGAACAGUAUGCUCAAUCAUCCCUUCUGGCGUUCACAAGGUGUGGACGCCGACUUUGCACAGGACAUGCUCGCGAAGCGAGCGUGGCGAAUUGACAAUGAGGCCUUGGAGCGCGUACGCCGCGUAUUUGACCAGUAUACGGGCUCGCACAACUUUCAUAACUACACGAUCGGCAAGGAUUUCCGGGAUCGAAGUGCCUACCGCGUGAUGAAGAAGCUCACCAUCUCAGAACCGCGCUUAAUUCACGGCACAGAAUGGGUCUCGGUGCAGUUCCAUGGCCAGUCGUUCAUGCUCCAUCAGAUCCGCAAGAUGAUUGGGUUGUUGGUCCUGAUUGGUCGUACCAAUGCCCCCGCCUCGCUGGUUGCGCAGACGUAUGGCCCCGCACGCAUUCACGUGCCGAAAGCGCCAGGCUUGGGUCUGUUGCUUGUCGAGCCGUACUUUGGUGGGUACAAUCUCAAAGUGAAGAACAACAACGAGCGUAUUGAUCGCAUGAUCGCUACACGGCAGGCGACAGGCAAGCCCCUGCCGCCGGAUGCAGAGAGUGGCCGACGUGAGUUUGUGGAUUACAAAGAGUUUGAGGCACAGAUGCAGGCGUUCAAGCAGACGCACAUCUACAAUCAGAUCUUCCAGACGGAGGAAGACACAUCGGAAUUCGCCAAGUGGCUCAACUAUUUAGACGUGUUUGUGGGCCCAGACUUUGAGUUUUUGAACCCGCAAGGCACGAUUCCAGAUUGUGCGAUCCUCAAGGUCGGUGAGCAGCGCCGAGCUCCAGGUGGUCAGCCGAAAGCCACGUCGAAUGGCCAUGACGGCAGCAUGGAGAGUGAUAGCGAUGUAGAGGGCGCCGGUGCAGCUGACGACGAUGCGUAA